UUAUAUACUAUCGAUUUUAAGCAAUAUAUCGAAGAAAUAAUUUCGAUCAUAGAAAAAAAUUAUUAAAACAUAAAAAAACAUUCUUAUUAUUGUUUAUACAUUCUUGUAUAUUUAAUAAGGUAUUUUUAAUAAACUCAAAAUGUAUAAAUGUCUUACGCUCCAUGAUCCGAUUAUAAUAUGUCCAUAUGACAAAAAUCAUUUUAUCGCAAAAUCUCGUCUUCAAAAGCACAUUGUCAAGUGUGAAAAACGAUAUCCUGAACACUAUAAAGUUAUGUGUCCGUAUAAUGCUACCCAUCGAUUAUUUAAGGAAGAAUUAGAAGAGCAUAUCACUACGUGUUCUGCUCGUAAUGUGUUAAAUGAAAUAUAUCCAGAAACAAAAAAACAUGGUGCAACAAAUUUUGAGAUAUAUUCAGAUCUUUCAAGUACAAUAGAUUGUACAGAAAACUGGGACAUAGAAAUUAAUGAUAACUCUGUUAUUUUAACUGAAGAAGAAUAUUCUAUGGAUAACAAUACAAAAACAAUUAAUAUAACUAUUGAUUCAAAAAAUGAAGAAAGAAGUAAAGAUUCCAAACCUAUAAGAGCUCCUCGUGGUUUUUCUGAAGCUAUGUUGCGAGAAGCAAGUGAAGAUUCUUGUGUUGAAGAUUUAGAAUCUAUAGUUAGUUCAAUGGGAAUUGGUCGGGGAAAAAUUAUUCAGAAGAAUAAUAAAUUGAAAUUAGUUGGAGUAGGUAGAGGAAGAGCAAUAAACAAUCUUUCAUUAAUAUAAUUAAAUUUCAUUUAAUUAUAUUAAAUAAAAAAUAUUAAAAAACUGAAAUCUUUAUAUUUUUGCAAGUAAAAUAAACUAAUAUUGUUUAUUGUUUUUCUAUAUAAUCUAUUACAUAUAAUUUACCAUUUAUAUGUAUUAUAUUUAAAUAUUUGUUUAAUUUCUUGAUAUUUUUUUAUUUUUAUUUAUAUUUACAUAUAUAAUAUGAAAGAUUUCUCAAAAAAGAAUUAUGUUUUUAUAUAUAUUCUUUGUAAAAACAAAUAUAUAUUAGAAAUAUUAAUAUGUUAUUUGAAUUGAAAAAUGGGCAAAAAUUACAAUGGCAGUUAAUAUAUAUUAACAAUACUUAAUUUUCUAAUAUUUUUAAAUGUCUUUUUUUUGUAACCUGAACUUCAUCAAUUUUAUAUAAUGAGAAUAUUAAUUUAAACAUUAAACAUUUUGAGAUUAUAAUACACUAAAUGAGAAUAUAAUAAAUAACAUUUUUUAACAGUUAAUAAUAAUAAUAAUAAUAAUAAUAAAUUUAGAAUAAUAAAAAUAAUUUAGAAUUACAUGAAUCAACAUAUAAUUUAUUAUAUUUUCAAGUCAUUUGAAUUAUAUGGAAUAUCUUUUAUGUUUCGAAUUUAUAAUUAAAAUAAAAUUCAUUUUCAUUUUAAAAUAAUCUUUAACAUUAUUUAAUGAUAAAUUUAUGUAAUAUAUAAUUUAUAAUUAAAUUUAAAAAUAUAAUUAUAUAAAUAUAAUUUAUAAAAACAAACUUUUAAUUGAUAUGAAAAUUAUAAACUACAAUCAUACUUUUAAAAAAUAAAUAUUAAUUUUAAAAAAUUCUUUUUUAUAAACUUUUAACCAUUUUUAAUACCAUUUUAAGAAUUUAAAUGAAAAUAUAUACUUCAAGUUUUGAAGUAAAAAAACAUUUAAAUUUGUAAUAAAAAAGCAUAAUUAUAGUAAAAAUGUUAAAAUAAUUUUUUAAAAUUUCACAUUGAAAAACAAAAAAUAUUUUUUGGAUGGAAUUGUUUUAAAUAAUAUAUUAUUAUAUACACAAAACAAAUCUUUACUCAUGAAAUUUAUUGAAGGAAUAGGCAUGAUACAUUUACCAUGUACAUCUUUAGAAAGAAUUAAUCGCUGCAAAUUAUUUUUUUCUAUUGUGCAACAUUUCGCAUGUUUAAAAAAAGACUUUAAUAUAAUUUUUUUUUUAAUAUUUUAUCAUUUGUAUAUGAAUCAUUUACAUAAAUUUUGCAUCAAAUAAUGUCUUCUUUUUUAUUUUCAUUUAUAAAUUAUCAAAUAUUAAAUAAAAAAAUUUAAAUUGAUGUUAACUUUUUUGUCUCUAUGCUGUUUAAUUUAUUAUUCUUAUAAUUGAUCAUAUGUUUUUAAUUUUUCAUUUGCAGUCUCAUGUAUUUAGAACGUACAAAGGAACAAGUGCUAACUUUGUAAAUAAGAUUUUUUUGGGUAUUGAUGUUAUAAACCAGCAAUUAUUUACAAGUUUUUUAAAAGUAUUUUUUUUUCCUUUAAAAGUAAUAUGCAACUGGUUACAUAGCUGCAGUCUGUUUAACUGUCUGUUUUAAGUAUUAGACAGUAAUGUAUUAAAACUGUAAAUUUAUUAAGUGCAAUAUUUGCACAUUAGCGAGAUCAUUGCACUGUAUUCAUUUGCCAUAGAAUGAUAUAUCUAUGGACUGAUACAAUAUAUCAUGUAGUAACAUUAACUACACAAUAUCGUGAUGUUUCUGAAAAAUGAUUAUUGCAAUAAAAUCAUAAUUUAUA